CUCAGAGAUUUGGAAUAUUGGGUUACAGUGUGGCAAAAUGGCGACUGUCAUUCAGAAUCCGCUGAAAGCGCUCGGGGACCAGUUCUACAGGGAGGCCAUUGAGCACUGUCGCAGCUACAAUGCCCGCUUGUGUGCGGAGCGCAGCGUACGCAUGCCCUUCCUGGACUCUCAGACGGGCGUAGCCCAGAACAACUGUUACAUCUGGAUGGAGAAGCGGCACCGAGGGCCAGGGUUGGCAGCAGGUCAGAUGUACACCUACCCAGCGCGUUGCUGGAGAAAGAAGAGGCGACUUCACCCGCCACUUGACCCCCAGCUUCGCCUUUGUGAACUUCGACUCGAGGCUGAGCUGAUGGCCAAGAGAGAAGCCCCAGCGACGGAGGCCACGGCCCUGGAGGCACUGUUACGAGGUGAUGGGAUCUUGGACAAGAGGAACAAUAACUCCAAAGAGGAAGAAACACUACUGGAAAUCCAGAGGGUGCUUGAGGCAGAUGAAAAUGGGGAUGGUUUCCAUGACGAUGAAGAUUUUGAAGUGGACACACCAAAGAGGAAGCAUCGAAACAAAGGCAGGGGUCGAGGCUCUGGGCGCAGGCGAACAGAAGCAGUGGCCAACGACGAUCAGGAUAAACCCUACGUGUGUGACAACAGAUACAAACAAAAGCAUAACUCAAAAACCACUGACUCAGUUUGCGGGAAGCGUUACAAAAACCGCCCUGGAUUAAGCUACCAUUACACCCAUACUCACCUUGCUGAAGAGGAGGGUGAGGAAGAACGAGAAACUGAAAUCCCCCAAUCUCCUCCUGUCCACCACGAGAAUCACAAACCACAGAAAGGGCCUGAUGGCACGAUCAUCCCUAAUGACUACUGUGACUUCUGUCUGGGAGACUCAGGCUCUAACAGGAAGACAGGCCAGGCUGAGGAGCUGGUUUCCUGUUCAGACUGUGGCCGCUCUGGCCAUCCUUCAUGUCUGCAGUUCACAGACAACAUGAUGCAGGCUGUUCGGACGUACCAGUGGCAGUGCAUCGAGUGUAAAUCCUGCAGUCUGUGUGGCACCUCAGAGAACGAUGAUCAGCUUCUGUUCUGUGAUGACUGUGAUCGGGGAUACCACAUGUACUGCCUGAAGCCUCCCAUGACACAGCCACCCGAGGGAAGUUGGAGUUGUCAUCUGUGUCUUGAUCUGCUGAAGGAUAAGGCAUCUGGUUUCGGAGAGCUGUAAGCGUUGUGAGAGACUCAGGAUGGAUGUUUGUCUUGGUUUUGCUCUGUAGUUCUCCUCCUGUAGUAGUGUGAAGUGGAGUCUUCCUCUACCUCUGUGUUACAAACAUUUUUCUCAAGUCUAGGCAAUCGGUAGUCUACCUCACAUCCUGCUCACUAACAAAUCCAAAGGCAGGUUUGAGUCCAGAUUGUCCGAUUACCUAGAAACAUGAUUUGUAUUAUAUAAAAAGUACUUAGUUAAAUAGCAACACCAGCACAAUAACUAUAAUAUUACAAAUGAAUGAAGUGAUAAUCAACCUCUUACACACACAUAAGCUCCUGAGCUGCAAUUCGAAGCUAUUUCUAACAAAUACCAAAUUUUUUAAUCAAGUUAUCUGCUGUUUCUUCUCUAUGUCUUUAAUAAAAGCAACAUAAACUUACUCAGAGACACACACCAGUGGUAUAAAGCAAAAUCCUUUUCAUUUAAGUCGGGUUCUGUUCACUUUAAUCAUGUUUUCAAUGUGUCUGAUGUUUGUAAGCCCACAUGAUUUCUGGCUCAUAACAAGAAACUGUUUGAUGUAAAGAGAAUAAAUGUGAUUAGUAGCUCAUCUUUCUUACUGGGAUCAUCAUUCAGGUAGAGCAUAGUAUCUGAGAGUUAUUGUGAAAGUCUUUAAACUAAAUGGCAAAAAAUAGUUUUUCCAUGUAUUGAAGCAGCACUUAGCUUUGACUUCAGGACUGGAAAAUAAUGCUGUUGAGUGUUUUUAUUUGUUCUUUUACAUAUAUAAUUUAGCAGACAAUCAUGUGGUUGGUAAAUUACAUGAUAACCAUCAUGUAAUGCUUUUCCUUGUGCUACGAUAGUACUUGCAUGCUUUGUUUUGCCUUUUCAAGCCAGCUUUUUUUCCUCUAGGUUACAUUUUGUAAUUAUUAAAUGUGAAUGCAUUAGACUGUUUAAUCUUUUGUUACACUGUGGCAGACAUAUCUGGUUAUGCUCCAGGAACAUUCCAGUUUUGUGUGUCCUAGAACCUUCUAUUGUUCCAUCCGCCUGUUUGGAGCCCUUCAUACCUCUCUGAGUGAAACAUCUGUUCACUCCGUUUUGUAUUUCUUUGCUCGUGAUGUAUUAGCAUUUCUAUUUCCAUCUGGACAUUCUCUCAUGUCAUUCCCACCUCCUUCACCUGUAUAAUCCAUUAGAGGCUCUAUUUUCAGAGCCAAUUCAUCAACACUCUCCAGAUCUUGCGAUCUGUUGAAUAUUUUAGCUAUGCAUUUUUAUCUAUUUUAAAGGUCAUCUACAUCAAAUUUACAUUUGUUUUUCAGCUUAAGAAAUUUAUUAAAGGUUCCAAAAUCAAACUAGUUAGAUGAUGUUUAGAGUCCAUUCAUUUAACCAUAGUUAGGCCUUUGGAAUAAGAUUUUUGUUUAGAAAAGAAAAACAGACAGCUGAUACAUUGACAUUUCGCACUUAAAAUUGUUAACCCAUUCUAAAUAUAAACCUUCAGGUGUCUUUUUUCAUGUUUUGUACUAGACUGUACAUUUGUAAACCCCGGGUUAGUGUUCUUUUAUGGAUAUUUGCCUAUAUUGAUUGGAGGAACACAGCAUGUGCUUCAUUAAAAUAUCAGCUCGUCUCAUUCCUCAAUGUGCCAUCAGAAUAAAUUGGUCUCUUCUGCAAUGUUAUGAAUGCAUUUUCCAUUCAUUUCUGUUUGAACUUUGUGUUUUUCCCUCAAACGUUGAAAUGAAAUGCAAUGCAAAAGUUUCUGUGACUGUACAAAGCUCAUGAAUAUUUAAUGAAGCAGGCGCUAUUCAGGGUAAUGAUUGGUUAUUUGAUGCUAAACAACUACCAGUUAUAGAGUGCAGCAGUCAAAAUAAAAAUCCCAAUCCAUUUUCUCCAACGAUUUUAACAUAAAUUGCUAAAAAAAA